AUGCCGGGGGCGUGGUCGGAGGAGCUGGGGAGCAUGGAGGAGAGGCUCAGGGAGCAGCGGGGGAGGGAGUCGGCGCUGCACGCGGCGAUCGAGGCCCAGAGCCAGGCCGCCUCCGCGGGAGGGCCGGAGGGCCAAGCCGCCCGGCAGCUGCUCCUGCAGAGCCGCGUGGAGCUGCUGCGGACGGUGGCGGUGACGGAGGACAUCGAGCAGUCGCUGCGGGAGCUGCAGAGCAUGGCCAUCGGCGAGAUUGUCGAGGGCGAGCUGGACGAGCCAAUCCAGGCUGAGCCAAUCCCUGAACAAAUCACCAAAGAGCCAACCACUGAGGAGCCAAUAGAGCCAAUAGAGCCAAUAGAGCCAAUAGAGCCAAUAGAGCCAAUAGAGCCAAUAGAGCCAACAGAGCCAAUAGAGCCAAUAGAGCCAACAGAGCCAAAAGAACCAAGCGCCGAGCCCAGGAUAAGGAGCCCGAUCAAGAGCCACGCGGGGGUGUGGGCGAGGACGGGGGGCUCGUACGACGAUGAGGUGGUGGGCCUGAUGGCGAGGAUGGAUGCGGCGUGCUCGGAGCUGGAGGGCACGUUCCCGCAGCGGAGCAGCACGCCGUACGCCUGCAAGGCGCGGGUGGACCGGGCGCUGAGGCAGGAGAUCGUGGCCGAGGGGCUGCGGGAGGACCUCCUCGGGAUGCGGGAGAGGCUGGACGCGCUGAUCGAGCGGCGGGGGAUGUUCUUCCAGCUGCACGAGAGGCACGUGGACGGGCUGCUGGCGAUGGACGACGAGUCGCUGGUGCGCUACCACCAGAACCAGGCGAGCCAGUGCCGGCGGUUCCUGCAGCUGCUGUCGGAGUUCCGGGCGGAGGAGGCGGAGAGGAUGGGGGUCGGGGAGCUGGUGAGGGCGCGGGACCUGCACCUGGUCGGGGCGGGGGACAGCAUCCACCGCAUCCACCGGUCGGUGCAGAGGCUGGCGGCCAUCCACGAGCGGCCGAUGGGGGAGAACGCCAAGCGGGAGAAGGCCGGGGCGCUGCGCUCCUCCAUCUCCACGGAGGCGGAGGUGUUCGUGGCGAUGGCCAACGGGCUGGAGAAGUGCUGGGCCGCGCUGGCGCUGCAGGCGUCGGGGAUGGGGAUGGCGCCGCAGCAGCUGUUCUGCACGCUGGAGACGAGGGUGCUGGACAGGCUGGCCGGGAGGAUCGUGGCGGAGGUGCAGGCUAUGCGGAAGGCCUUCUCCGCCCUGCUGCAGGCCGGGGACGGUGGCGGGCUGGAGGGCUGGAGGGACGGGGAGGAGGCGGCGGAGCCCGAGGUGCUGGGGCUGGCGAGGACGCUGCUCAGCACCAGGGCGAGGGAGGAGCCCGGGGGAGGCGGGCUGCGGAAGGAGCUCGAGCACGUGCUCCGCUUCCUGGCCGAGAGGCAGGUGCCGGACAACCCGCUGGCGAGGGCGUCGUGCCAGCAGAGGCUCAGCGUCGCGAGCAGGCUGGCCGACAUCUACCGGAGGAGGCUGGCGGGGCUGCACCCGGACGUGGAGCUGAACGUGCUGCACUACCAGGCGGCGAUCAGGCAGGCGUCGGAGGCGCUGCUGGGGCCGCAGGGGGCGUGCAGGGUCCCGGGCCCCGUGCCGGCGCUGGACCUGGAGUUCGCGCAGGCGAUGGACGCCUUCACGGGGGACGGGGGGAUGCUCUCGCACUUUGCCAAGCGGAACCAGGACAUGCAGAGGGAGGUGAACCGGGGGAUGGCGAUGUCCUACCGCUCCUACAUGGCGUGCUACAACAGCGCCAAGUCGCUGCUGCGGUACUACGACAUCUGCUGCCGGAGGCUGUCGCUGCCGGGGACACCGCACGUGGAGAGCUUCCAGAGGGCCUGCAACCACCUCCGGACGCACCUGAACCUGGCCGUCGGGAUCAUCCACGACCGGCUGGAGGAGCUGCACGACAACUGCUAG